AUGGCCGACUACUUCACUGCUGCCAACUCCAAGUACGGCCACAUGUCCACCAUCCGAGUUGGCCCCAACGACCUCAUCACGUCGGACCCGGAGGUGAUCAGACGCACCUCAGGGGCUCGGUCCAAAUACUCCAGAUCCGACUGGUAUAAACAGUCCCGGCUUGAUCCCCUCACCGACGCCAUGUUCACGACCUUGGACACCAAGUACCACGACGAGCUCAAGGCCAAGCUCUCGGUUGGGUACGCGGGGAAGGAUGUGCCGAAUUUGGAAGGGGAUAUUGACCUCAAACUGCGACAAGUGAGAGAGGUACUUGAGCGCAAAGUCGAGCAGGGAAAGACGAUCGAUUUUGCCAGGUUGAGCUCACAUUUCACCUUGGAUAGUAUUUCGCGGAUUGCGUUUGGUCAUGAGGCCGACUUUGAGAUGGUACUGACCGAGGGAGCGGAUAAGCACGGGGUUGAUUAUCUGGGAUUAGUGGAGAGGCAUGCUCCGAAGUCGGUUGCAAUAUCGUCGGUUCCCUUGUUGAGGGGGUUGUUUGCAAAUGAUCUUACUCUGAAAUUGGUCGGGCCAAAAGCGACGGACAAGGCGGGGUUGGGGUUGCUGAUGAGACUGGCUCGGAUGUUGGUGGGGGAGAGAUUCGGAGAGGGGGCAGAGGACAGGAAGGACAUGUUGGGCUCGUUUGUACGGCAUGGUCUCUCUCAGUGUGAGUGCGAAGCCGAGGUCUUGAUCCAGAUCGUGGCCGGCUCUGAUACAACCGCUACCGCCAUUCGAGCGACAAUGCUAUAUGUCAUGACAACGCCGAGGGUGUAUCAAGCUCUGCAGACAGAGAUUGAUGAGGGCAUCAAGAGCGGCAAGAUCUCGAAUCCAAUCAUAGCCGCCGAAGGUGCCAAACUGCCAUACCUGCAGGGAGUCAUCUACGAAGGACUUCGUCUCUACCCCCCCUUCACCGGCAUCCCGUUGAAGGUGGUCCCCCCCGAAGGUGAUACCAUCGACGGCAAAUUUGUGCCUGGUGGGACGAGAAUUGCAGCAAGCUUCUGGUCAACAGGACGGCACAAGGGCACCUUCGGGGAGGAUGCGGACCUUUUUCGACCCGAGAGGUGGAUCGAGGCCGCGGCUCAGAACGAGAAGAAGUUUGUCGAGAUGAAGAGAGUGGCCGAACUUGUAUUCGGGUAUGGACGAUGGGGGUGUCCUGGAAUGUCACACGGCAAAAGCCAACCACCCGCAAGCACAACAACACUGUCGAUACCACCGCAAGGAGGGGCAUGA